AGGCGGAGCCGGCGCCCGGAGCGGUAGCGGGAGAACAGGCAGCGGGACCCCAGCGCGGGAGGCGGCCGCCGGCGGGAGCCCUAAAGGGCAGGAGCCGGCCUGCCGCCGGGCACCGAGCACCCGUGCCCGCCGAUGCGGCCCGGCGCCCACGCCAGGCCCGCGGCACGCCUAUGUGGGCCGGCGGCGUGGGGAGCCCGCGGCGGGGCGCCGCCCCCGCGCCCACCGAUGACCUCUUCGCCCGCAAGCUGCGCCAGCCCGCGCGGCCGCCGCUGACGCCGCACACCUUCGAGCCGAGGCCGUCCAGGGGCCCGCUCCUGCGCAGCGGCAGCGAUGCCGGCGAGGCCCGGCCCCCCACGCCCGCCAGCCCGCGCGCCCGGGCGCACAGCCACGAGGACGCCAGCCGGCCCGCCGCCGCCACCCGGCUCUUCACCGACCCGUUGGCCCUGCUCGGGCUGCCGGCCGAGGAGCCCGAGCCCGCCUUCCCGCCGGUGCCCGAGCCCCGCUGGUUCGCCCACUACGACGUGCAGAGCUUGCUCUUCGACUGGGCUCCGAGGCCGCGGGGGCCGGGGGGCCGCGCAGACGCCCGUUCUGGAACCCCCGCCCCGGCUGAGGACCAGACGGGCAGCUCGGACCUGCUGCUCGAGGCGCCUGGCUUCGUGAGUGAGCUCGGCGGCGAGGGCGAGCUGGGCCUGGGCGGACCAGUGUCCCCACCUGUGCCCCCUGCGCUGCCCAACGCGGCUGUGUCCGUCCUGGAGGAACCACAGAACCGAAGCUUGGCCUACAGCCUGGAGCACGCAGACCUGGGCGCUGGCUACUACCGCAAGUACUUCUACGGCAAAGAACACCAGAACUUCUUCGGACUGGACGAGGCGCUGGGCCCGGUGGCAGUGAGCCUGCGGCGGGAGGAGAAGGAGAGCAGCGGAGGGGGCACUCUGCACAGCUACCGCAUCAUCGUGCGGACCACGCAGCUCCGGACCCUCCGCGGCACCAUCUCAGAGGACGCGCUGCCGCCGGGGCCCCCGCGGGGCCUGUCCCCAAGGAAGCUUCUGGAGCACGUGGCGCCGCGGCUGAGCCCGACCUGCCUGCGCCUGGGCUCAGCUUCACCGAAGGUGCCACGCACGCUGCUCACGCUGGACGAGCAAGUGCUGAGCUUCCAGCGCAAGGUGGGCAUCCUGUACUGCCGGGAGGGCCAGGGCUCGGAGGAGGAGAUGUACAACAACCAGGAGGCAGGGCCGGCCUUCACGCAGUUCCUCACCCUGCUGGGCGACGUGGUGCGGCUCAAAGGCUUCGACAGCUACCGGGCGCAGCUGGACACCAAAACGGAUUCCACGGGCACGCACUCCCUCUACACCACAUACCAGGACCACGAGAUCAUGUUCCACGUGUCCACGAUGCUGCCUUACACCCCCAAUAACCAGCAGCAGCUCCUGCGGAAGCGCCACAUCGGCAACGACAUUGUGACCAUCGUGUUCCAGGAACCUGGCAGCAAGCCCUUCUGCCCCACCACCAUCCGCUCACACUUCCAGCACGUGUUCCUAGUGGUGCGGGCACACGCACCCUGCACUCCGCACACCUCCUACAGGGUGGCCGUGAGCCGCACCCAGGACACCCCGGCCUUUGGGCCAGCUCUGCCCCCUGGCGGAGGCCCCUUCCAGGCCAACGCCGACUUCAGGGCCUUGCUGCUGGCCAAGGCGCUCAAUGGCGAGCAGGCGGCGAGCCAAGCGGGCCAGUUCCACGCCAUGGCCACGCGCACGCGCCAGCAGUACCUGCAGGACCUGGCCACCAACGAGGUGACCACUACGUCGCUGGACUCGGCUUCGCGCUUCGGCCUGCCCUCCCUGGGUGGGAGGCGGCGGGCGCCCCCUCGGGGCCCCGGCGCCGAGCUGCAGGCGGCGGGCGCGCUGGUGUGGGGUGUGCGCGCGGCGCCCGGGGCGCGGGGCGCGGCCGGGGCCCAGACGGGCAGCCCCGACGGCGCCGAGGUACCCUGCCUGCUGGGCAUCUCGGCGGAAGCGCUGGUGCUGGUGGCGCCGCGUGACGGCCGCGUAGUCUUCAAUUGCGCCUGUCGCGACGUGCUGGCCUGGACCUUCUCCGAGCAGCAGCUCGACCUGUACCACGGCCGCGGGGAGGCGAUCACGCUGCGGCUCGACGGGCCCCCCGGCCAAGCCGUGGGCGAGGUCGUGGCGCGGCUGCAGCUGGUGAGCCGCGGCUGCGAGACCCGCGAGCUGGCGCUGCCCCGCGACGGCCAAGGCCGCCUGGGCUUCGAGGCGGACGCCGAGGGCUUCGUCACGCAAGUGGAGCGCUUCACGUUCGCCGAGACGGCGGGACUGCGGCCCGGGGCGCGCCUGCUGCGCGUGUGCGGCCAGACGCUGCCCAGCCUCGGCCCCGAGGCCGCCGGCCAGCUGCUGCGCUCGGCGCCCAAGGUCUGCGUCACCGUGCUGCCCCCCGACGAGAGCGGCCGGCCGCGCAGGAGCUUUUCGGAGCUGUACACACUGUCUCUGCAGGAGCCCAGCCGACGGGGGGCCCCAGAGCCUGUGCAGGAUGAGGCCCCGGGGUUGGUCCUGCUGCCCGCCACGAAGCAGCUGCUACAUUUCUGCCUGAAUAAUGGCAGCGGUCCUCCAGGGCCUGGGGACCUGGCCGAGGAGAGGACUGAGUUCCUGCACAGCCAGAACUCACCAUCACCCCGCAGCUCCCUGUCGGACGAGGUCCCAGUCCUGCCCAACACCACCCCGGACCUCCUCCUGGCCACCACCGCCAAGCCAGCCACACCUAGCACUGGCAGGGAGACUCCCCCCACCCAGGAUGGGCCAGGCAGCCCCACUGGUGAUGAGGACAGGGGCAACCCGGCCCCGGAGCUGAGGGCCUCCUUCCUGCCACGCACCUUGUCUCUGCGCAACUCCAUCAGCAAAAUCAUGUCAGAGGCAGGCAGUGAGACCCUGGAAGACGAGUGGCAGUCCAUCUCAGAGAUCGCCUCCACUUGUAACACCAUCCUGGAGUCGCUGUCCCGGGAGGGACAGCCCAUCCCAGAGAGUGGAGAUGCCAAGGGAACGCCAAAGUCUGAUGCUGAGCCAGAACCCGGCAGCCUGUCAGAGAAGGUCUCUCACCUGGAGUCCAUGCUCAGGAAGCUGCAGGACGACCUGCAGAAGGAGAAGGCGGACAAGGCAGCCCUGGAGGAGGAGGUGCGGAGUCUGCGGCACAACAACCGGCGGCUGCAGGCCGAAUCCGAGAGUGCGGCCACCCGCCUGCUGCUGGCCUCCAAGCAGCUGGGCCCUCCCAGCCCCGACCUGGCCUGAGCCAUCUCGUCCAGCCUUGGCCUGCCCGCGGGCCUGCUCAGAACCGCCCAGGACCUUCAGGGCACCGGCUCCCACGGGGCCCUGGGCCUUCCUCAGGAACUGUCCCUGCGCUUAAGCGCAUCUUAGCACUGCCCCCACUGCCCGGCCCAUUAUGUGGUGGCGAAGUUGCCCUUGCCACAUCCCAUCUGUAAAUAUUCUGUGCAGAAACCAGGACUUCAGGGAGUAAAGAAGCCACUGCUA